AUGGAUAACGCUGGAGGAACUUCAAGUGGUGACGUGAUGGCACAACAUGGGAUACUAUUCGAACUUGAUCUGCUGGACUGCCCAAUCUGUUGCCUGCCACUGACGAGUCCUAUCUUUCAGUGUGAAAAUGGACACAUACAAUGCUACAGGUGCUAUAAGAGACUGAUGAGGUAUAAGUGCCCUUCCUGCUCUUUGCCGGUCGGUAACAUUCGAUCAAGACUCGUGGAGAGGAUCGUUGAAGCUGUUAAUAUCUCUUGCCCUAAUGCUAGACUUGGCUGCACCAAGAAGUGGUCUUAUAGCAAAGACGGCAGAGAAUCAUCCCAUCAGAAAGAAUGCAGCUUCACUCUCUGCUACUGCCCUGACCCAAACUGCUAUUACACCGGGGCUUACAAGGAUCUCGCCGCUCAUUUCAUCGCCAAACACAAAGCUAAUUACUCAAAGUUCAGGUCUGGCCAGACCGAUGACGCAUGGUUACGCAUCACUGAGAAGGUAUUAGUCCUUCAAGAAAAUGAAGAUGGUCCUUUGGUUGUUGUUCAGUGUUUGAAGGGAGCACAUGGUUUGUACGUGACGGUGAACUGCAUAGCACCUCCUACUCCAGGUGUUGGGGAGUUCUCUUAUCGUCUCCUCUUCCGGAGUGGAAUUCAUGAUGUGGCGUAUAGAUCCAACGAGAUGACCAGGAUCCAGAAACUAAGCUUCGAAACACCU